GAUGCCAAGCAUUGAAGCAAAGCAAGCCAAUGUCAUGGUAUAAAAAAGAGACCCGGCAAAAGUGGGUCAAGUUAUCCAAGAACUCAGUUUUUAGAUUUUUGUUUAGUAGUAGGAGGCUAGGAGUAUUAAAGACUAGGAGUAUUAAAAACCAAGGCCUUCUGGUUGUUUCAGCCACCCACUAACUUCACUCUUUUCACAUCUAAGUCUACACACUCUCUCUCUAUCUCUCUCUUUGAAGUUCUUUCAUUUACUCAGAUCAGGUGACAUGGUGGUUUAUUUAGGGGUGGUGAAAGCAUUGAAAGUGUAGAUGGUACAAUUAUGUGUGCAGCUAUAAAUUAGUCUGAUCCUGGGGUACUAGGAAGUUUCCCAAUUCAUUUGCAAGUGCAGUUUCUAAAAUCUGAACAAUUUGGAAUCAGGAGUGAUAAAUGGAAGAAAUACAGUCCCAAUCAGACAACUAUAGGUCUUCGUCCUCUUCAGCCAGUAGUCCUGCGUGUAGGGUGCCCUCAAGUAACUUUUUCUAUUUGCGGAAACCUGGUACUCUCGGACAACCUAUCUCGUUUGAGGAUUCACCUGAGUGGGAGGAUACGGAUGUUGUUGUCAGGGUGGAGGAAGGAGGAGACACUAUCAAUGCUGCAACCACGCCAGUCUCCCCAUCUCUCUCUAAGCUCAAUAGUGGGUCCUUGCCAUCACCACCGCUGCCAGAGGGUGCAGCUGUUGCAAGAAAAAUUACUGGUGCAUCAGUUGUAUGGAAAGAUUUGACUGUUACUAUAAAGGGGAAAAGGAAAUAUUCUGAUAAAGUUGUGAAGAGUUCAAAUGGUUAUGCAUUACCUGGCACGAUGACAGUGAUCAUGGGUCCUGCAAAAUCUGGGAAGUCCACACUUCUGAGGGCUAUUGCAGGAAGAUUAUGUCCUUCGGCUAAGAUGUAUGGUGAAGUAUUCGUGAAUGGGGUGAAAACGCGCGUGCCUUAUGGUUCAUAUGGAUUUCUUGACAGGGAAACCAACCUAAUUGGUUCUCUCACAGUCCGGGAGUAUCUAUACUUCUCAGCUUUGCUCCAACUUCCUGGUUUUUUCUGUCAGAAAAAGAGUGUGGUAGAGGAAGCCAUCCAUGCCAUGUCCUUGGGUGACUAUGCAAACAAACUGAUUGGAGGUCACUGCUGUAUGAAAGGACUUCCUAGUGGUGAAAGAAGGCGUGUUAGCAUUGCUCGGGAACUUGUGAUGAGGCCACGUAUCUUAUUUAUAGAUGAGCCUCUUUAUUAUCUUGAUAGUGUCUCUGCCCUUUUGAUGAUGGUAACACUGAAGAAGCUUGCAAGCACAGGAUGCACUCUCAUUUUCACCAUUUACCAGAGCAGUACAGAAGUGUUUGGUCUCUUUGAUCGUAUCUGUCUGCUUUCAAAUGGAAACACCCUGUUUUUUGGUGAAACAUUAGCUUGCUUGCAGCACUUCUCAAAUGCUGGAUUCCCUUGUCCAAUUAUGCAAAGUCCUUCUGAUCACUUUCUACGUGCCAUAAAUACAGAUUUUGACAGGAUCAUUGUGAUGUGCAAAAAUUGGCAGGAUGACAAUGGGGACUUUUCAUCUGUGAAUAUGGAUACUGCUGUUGCAAUUCAUACUCUUGAGGCAACAUAUAAAUCGUCGGCUGAUGCUACUGCAAUUGAAACUAUGAUACUGAGACUCACAGAGAAGGAAGGUCCAGUUCUCAAAAGCAAGGGCAAGGUUAGCAAUGCCACAAGAAUUGCAGUAUUGACUUGGAGGUCAUUAUUAAUUAUGUCAAGGGAAUGGAAAUACUACUGGCUUCGUCUUAUUCUUUACAUGCUUCUCGCACUGUGUAUUGGAACAGUAUUUUCAGGCUUGGGACAUUCUUUAUCCUCAGUUGUGACAAGAGUUGCAGCAAUUUUUGUAUUUGUAUCAUUUACUUCGCUUUUAAGCAUUGCUGGAGUACCUGCACUGAUGAAAGAAAUCAAGAUAUAUGCCAGUGAGGAGUCAAACCAGCAUUCAGGAGCUUUAAUCUUUUUGUUUGGGCAACUUCUUUCCAGCAUCCCGUUCCUUUUCCUCAUCUCCAUAUCUUCAAGUCUUGUCUUCUAUUUCUUAGUAGGAUUGCAAGAUGAAUUCAGCUUGCUGAUGUACUUUGUGCUGAAUUUCUUCAUGUGUCUCUUAGUAAAUGAAGGAUUGAUGCUGGCUGUUAUUUCUUUGUGGCAAAAUAUUUUCUGGAGCGUCUUAACACUUGUAACCAUACAAGUGGUAAUGAUGCUUGCAGCAGGCUAUUUUAGAAUCCGAAAUGAGUUACCGAGCACUGUGUGGACGUAUCCAUUAUCAUACAUUGCUUUCCACACUUAUUCCAUCCUGGGGCUUUUGGAGAACGAGUACCUAGGUACCAGUUUUUCCGUUGGGCAGGUGAGGACCAUGUCUGGGUUUCAGGCACUCCAUGGUGCUUAUGAUAUCUCUCCUAGCAGUAAUUCCAAGUGGGAGAAUUUACUGGUAUUGUUCCUCAUGGCAGUUGGAUAUAGAAUUCUUGUGUUUGUUUUGCUUCAUUUUCGUGCAAGGAAAAAUUUAUCCCUGCAAAGACUUUGCCAGUGUAAUCGCAAUUCAACGACCUGAGAUGCAUGCAAGUGGUACUAUCAAUCUUUGUCGUCCAUUUACAUUUGUAUAAUCCCUUUUCUUUUAGCUUUGCUUAUCCAAUCCAAUGUUAUCAUUCAUAAAUUAGCCUGUGAAUGUCAUCUGGGAAAUGAGUGCCAAACUUUGAUGCAUCAGUCAUUGGGAAAGAUCUCACCUGAGCCUAAUUAAGAUUCUCAAACAAUUUCCAAAAUUUCUUAUGGCGGAUCCCCCAGUCUUAAAAUUUUUGGGUGGUUCGGUUGAUCUGUUAUUGGGGAUAAUUGAGUUAAUAUUUUAUGCAAAGAAAGCAGCACAGGCUGCUGCUCAAAAUAACACACCUGGAUGGAAUACGUGUAGAAAGCACGAGAUAGUACAAAGAAGAGAUCAAGCCCACAGAAUAUUUGGGCAGGCCUCCCUAAUGGGCAACUAUAUAAUCAA